UUUGCAAAAACACUGGAGUCGGCGCCAAGAACAAAAUGCAUUAUUUCAGGUGUUCACUAAAAGUACGAUUGUCUUGUUUUAAGGAUGUUAGGGUCAGCGCACAAAUACAUCAACUUCAUUAUCUUGCCGCCCGUUUCCAGCGAAAUUAGUUAGGGUGAAUGACGCGUCAGCGGGGAUAUAAAUGUUUGACGUGCAUGCAAUCACUAGAUAAUCCAAAUCCAUCGAGAGGGUUAGUUGAUGAACAAAAUGUCACGUGCCCAGUGUGGACUAUUCGUCCUAAGCUGUCUCUUGAGCCAGUGUUGGAUUCCAGCCUGGACUCGAUCUCUCACCUUGAUUGAAACUGCAAAUUGUGCGUCCAUCUCUCAAGCGUGCUUUGAGAGUGCCGAUUGUUGUUCAAGCGAAUGUCACGAAGACCGGCAUUUUUGUUGCGUCCCUGAAGGAGCUAGGUGUUUGGGUGAGGACGGAACGUGCUGCAGCGGGUUUUGCGAUCCUGACGUGGCCAUGUGUGGUCAACGCCCCCCCGGGACGAACACGACCGCCUCCAUGACCGUUCCUAUCUACAGUGACAACAUCAUGUGGCACACCCACCAUGACGACCAACAUGGCAACAUGAAUCAGAACUCCCUUGAAAGCGAUGGGACGGCUCCAAAGACCAGAUUCAUUUGGAAUGGGCAAUCCAGUAGCGACUUUUGACUUGAGUUGACGCGUCUUGGAAUCGUCCAUCGACUAGGAUCUCAUCAACAGUAUUAACUUGAUCCAAUCAAUAUAUUGGUAAAUUUUUAACUCGUAUUGCAUAUAUAUUAAUGUUCCGCACGGCCUUUGGAAAUAAAUCUUUCUUCAAAUCUAA